AUGGCGCUGUCAGUUCUCCGGGAAGCGUUUGAGAAUGCGGUCAUCUCGCACAUGAUGUCCGAUGUGCCCUACGGGGUGCUGCUGAGCGGUGGGCUGGACUCCUCGCUGGUGGCGUCCAUCAUGUCGAAGAACAGCCGAAGGAAGUGCGAACACGGACCUGCGUCCUGGCCACAGUUGCACUCAUUCAGCACUGGGCUGAAAGGCAGCCCAGACCUGAAAGCUGCAAAGGAGGUUGCUUCCUUCCUCGGGACUGUGCAUCACGAGUACGUCUUCACAGUCGAGGAAGCCCUGGACGCACUGCCGGAUGUGAUUUACCAUUUGGAGACCUUCGACGUCACCACUGUGCGUGCAUCCACACCAAUGUACCUCAUGGCUCGCAGGAUCAGGGCUUCGGGCGUGAAAAUGGUCCUCAGUGGCGAGGGCGCGGACGAGAUUUUUGGAGGCUACCUCUACUUCCACAAAGCACCGAACGCCGAAGAGUUCCAUGCCGAGAACUGCAGAAAGAUCUCGCAGCUGCACCUCUACGACUGCCUGCGAGCCAACAAGGCGAUGAUGGCAUGGGGCGUCGAGGCUCGAGUACCCUUCCUGGACAGGAAGUUCAUGGAGGCUGCCAUGGGCUUCAACCCCGUUCAGAAAAUGUGCAAAGACUCGGCUGGCAAGCCUCGCACUGAGAAGUGGAUUCUUCGGAAGGCCUUCGACUUGCCAAGUGAACGGGCUUACUUGCCACAGGAAGUUCUCUGGCGACAGAAGGAGCAGUUUAGCGACGGCGUCGGCUACAGCUGGAUUGAUUCCAUCAAGGCCCAUGCGGAGAAGAUGAUCACUGAUCAGCAGAUGGCAACCGCGCCUCACAGAUUUCCGGUGAAAACCCCACGUACAAAGGAGGCAUACUUGUUCCGGCAACUCUUUGCCAAGCACUACGGUGAGAACUCGGCAGCCGCUGGAUGUGUGGGUUGGCAAGAUUCGAUCGCAUGCUCCAGCGAGGUUGCGCUGAAGUGGGACAAAGCAUUUCAGGGCCGUGCAGAUGCAUCUGGCCGUGCAGUUGCAGGCGUUCAUGUGCAGGCCUACGGUGAGAGCUACAAGACUGCAUCCCAAUCGCUCAUGCCCCAGCCGGGCAGCUUCUGGACAUUGUGGUAG